AUGUUAAUAUUAUUUGUAAUUUUUAUGUUCCAUAUUGUUAGUGCUCAUAUUUCAUUAAAUUUAUAUCCUCCUACAACGGGAUUUGAUAAACAUUUGUAUGAAGACGCAUUAGACUCGGAAGAAUGUCAGAAGCAGUUAAAUUACCUGGUCAGGAACGAUUCGUUUUUGUUGGCGCAAUUCCUAGAUGCUGGUUUAAGAAUCCCAAGAGGUCUAUUAAAAGGGAAUACACUAGAUAUGGGAAAUUACUAUCAAUGUCUUGAGAUAAAUCAAAGUGUAAAUGACGAAAUGGACAUAAGUGGAAAAUACUGUGUGAUACAAACAACUCCCCGUUCUGAGUCUAGAAGUAAAAGGCAUAUUCCACAGUGGCUUAAUCCGGUGGAGCAAGUAUUAAGUGAAAAUGAAUGGAAAUACAUCGAACAAUACGAGAUGAAUAAUGAGCUUGGUAACAGGAAUAUGAUAUCUAUUUUAUCUAACGCUAGGCUGAGAUUAGCUUUAUGUAUACCAAAACCAUGCACAACAAGAGAGGUUAUAGAUGGAUUGCUAUUCAAUUUUACUUCUGUGGGAUUCCAGUAUGAGGAUAAUUUUUGUCGUUUGCCAAACGAUAAACCUUGGGUUACAGGAGAUACUGUUGCAGUUACAAUUUUAGGGCUUAUUGGUUUUUUGACAAUUAUCAGUACAACUUACGAUAUUGUGAUUAGCCGAAAGAGUGAAGAUUCAAAGCGAGCAAAUGAGAUAUUACAAUCGUUCUCAGUUAUUAAAAACUCCAAAACAUUUUUCGCUAUAUCGAGUAAACCUGGUUCUUUAGAAUGUGUAGAUGGUAUAAGAGCAUUAGCCAUGUUGUGGGUACUUUUGGGUCAUUCGUUUUCGUCCCAACCGUUUACUCUGAAUCCUUUUGAAGCUGGCCAGUGGGUGUCGUCUCCGAAAGCAUUGUGGGUUGUGGCAGGGCACUUGGCUGUUGACACGUUUUUCAUGCUCAGUGGUCUUCUUGCAGUUUAUUGUAAUGUCGGUAGAACUAACAGUUUGGGUCUUUUGAAAAAUCUCCACAAGUUCUAUCUCAAUCGUCUCUUGCGCAUGUUUCCGUUGCUAGCCUUAACGAUUUUGUUCGAAGCGACUUUAUUCAAUCAUAUAUCCGAUGGACCAUUCUGGCAAUCUGUGGUCAAUAACGCGGAGAUUUGUAGAACUUACUGGUGGUCUACUUUGUUGUAUGUUCAGAAUUAUUUGAACGCGGAAAAUGUCUGUGUCGGUAUAACAUGGUAUUUGGCUAUAGACGUUCAAUUACAUAUUUUAUCACCUCUGGUAUUAUUUUGGGUGCUGAGUGGUAAACGCAAAAUAGCAUGGGGUGGUCUUACCUUCGCUCUGCUUGGUUCUAUAGCAGCGGCCACUAUUUAUAACUUCAUUAAGAAAUUUCCUUCAAGCAUGAUGACGCCUAAUCGUGGUAACGAGUUCAUGUAUUACAUGAUAUAUUAUUAUAUGAAUACGCUAACAAGAGCACCACCCUUUAUUGUGGGUAUGGUGUUCGGUUAUCUAUUGCAUGUGUGGCGUCAAGAUAAAUUGAAAAUAUCAAAGAUUAUAAACUUAAUAAUCUGGAUGUUAGUACUAGCUGCUCAAUCAUUAAUCAUCUAUAGUUCAUAUCCAAUCAUGCAAAUGGAUUGGGACAAUCAAACCGCUGAUAGCUUGAUCAAUUCCUUUGUUAGACCAACGUGGGCCUUAUGUUUGGGAUGGGUGAUAUUUUCCUGUGUUCAGGGGUAUGCAGUACCAAUAAAUUGGUUCCUAUCUCUAAGAAUGUGGAAGAUACCAGCCCGUUUGUCGUAUGCGUUGUACAUAAUGCACUAUUCAAUUAUGGUCGUCAUAAAUGCUAGCAGAGUGGCCCCGAUAUAUUUUACAGUUGGAAAUAUUAUGUUCUACUUCUUUGGGUAUCUAGCCUUAUGUGUUUUUGUUGCGAUUGUCGCAUGUAUUCUCGUAGAUCUGCCGUUUUCUAUAUUAUUUAGAAUUAUGUUAAGUGGAGGAAUGCCAAAGAAAAACAAUGUCGAACCCUUGAAACCGGACUCCACCAAAAAUGAUAAAACUUUAGACUGA